UGUCCCCGCGUGACCGUGUCUGCCCCGCAGGGCAAGGCCCCGAGGACGCAGCCCAGCCCCGGCCCCGGCCCUGCGGGCUGGUGGAGGAGCCGGCCCCGGGCCCCCCUGGAGGAGAUCCAGCUGGGGGCGGGGGGGCCGAAGAAGGUGCCUGAGAGCAGCGCCGCCAGCAAAGAUGCCAGCGCGGUGGAGUUCGUGGCUGACCCGGCGGCGCUGGCCGGCAUCCUCUCCAACGUGAGGCUGUGCAGCCCUGCCCUGGGCCCGGGCGGGAAGCCCAGCCUGGCACGGCGCGUCCCCCUGAGAGGCAGCCGGAGCAGCUCUCUCCUGGCCCAGGGAAACAGAAAAGGCAGUAGGGCCUCCUCGCUGAGCACCCAUGGGAGCAUCCCCCUACGGCGUGACUCUGCCCGUGGGUCCUGCCUCUCCACUGCAGGACAGGAAGGUCUGGAGGCAUGGGCAGCCCCUUCCCCCUUUGGCCGGGUGCCGGUGAAGAAGGCAAUGCCUGGCGCCCACCCCUCUCCCUUCGGCCGGGUGCUGGUGAGGAAACUCCAGUCUGCAGCGUGUGCAGACGCGCCUGGCACCCAUGCCUCUCCGUCUGGCCGAGUGCCCGCGGUGCGCCCCACCCCAGGGCAGCACGACCUCGCUGCUCGGCACCCACGAGAGCAUCCCCCCAAGGGGUCACUCUGCUCGGUUGUCCUGCCUCUCCACCAUGGGCCAGGAAGGUCUCCCCCGGGUACCCCACACGUCCGACGUCUGCUUCUCCCCAUUCAGCCACACACCGGUGCCGCAGCCCCAGUCCACGGGGCAGGGGCCAGAGGCUCUGUGCUCUCCGGGUCUCACCGUGCUCUCUCCACAGCCCAACCCCGCCUGUGCCAGGGAGAUGGGGGACAGGCACCAGCUACAUGUGGAACAGACCCCAGGCAGGUGUGGAGCCGGGCAGCCCCCGCAGCCUUGCAGCCCCGACGUGGGAGGCAACGAUCCCCGCGAGACGGCCCAGCCCUGGGAGGAGGUUGCUGUGCGGCGGCUCUUCGAGGACGAGGACGAAGACGGCCAGGGCGACCUAGGCGGCUCCCACAGCCAAGCACCAGCCCAGGUGGGCACCCCCCACAGCAUCAGCAAGGAGCAGCAUAUCCCACGGCUCCUGCAGAAGGCAGUGGAGGGGCUGGAUGGUGCCACCCCCCUGGACGAGCUCCAUGCCCUGCUGGCUGCCUAUCCCCCCUCCUGCCCGCCCUUGCUCCCCUGCUGUGCCUCUGUGCCCGGCCUGGUGCUGGGUGACCGUGGCCCAGACCCCGCUGCCAGGGCAGUGCCGCAGGGCGGCACUGGGGGCUUCCGAGGGGCAGGAACCACCUUGACCUUCUCCUCGUUACGCCCGCUCUGCGCCAGCCCCCCCAUCCACUCCCUGCGGGCCCCUGGCCCCCCAGCCACAGGGACCAUGCUGGCCGUGCGCCCCUCCCGCCUGGCCCUGGUGAAGCAGCGGCUGGACUCCCUGCUUCGCGCCCCCCAGCGCUUCCUGGAUGCCUGCCUGGACGAUGAGUGCGCCUUCUACACCGGCCGUGCGCCCGGCACCCGGCCCCUGCCCUCCCGCGCCUGCCCCAACCCCGUGGCCCUGCAGCUGGAGGCGCAGGAUGCUGCGUACUUCGUGUCCAUCAGCCCGCCAGGCCCUAGGGCCCCUUCCUCAGCACCAGCUGCCAGCUUGCCACAGCUGGCCCGGCCCCCUGAGGGUGAUAUCGGGGCUGGAGGCCCAACCCUUGGACUGCUCGAGGACCGUGCCCCAGCCUCCUCCAGUCUCGCCGUGUGAGCCGAGGAGGCAGGGUCCCUCUUCUGCCUGCGGCUGAUGAUAGGAAGGGGCUGUGGGUGCCCCUGGCAGCUGCGCCCAGCACCUGCCAGAUGUUCCCCAGCUGGAUCUUGCACUCCCCUGGGCAGGUCCUGUCUCCUGCACUUGGGGCCUGGCCCAGUUCCGGUUGCCGCCAGCUGGGUUUUAAAGAUGCACCGUGGCCACAGCCCAAUAAAGUUUUGUUCACGGUUUGCUCACA